AUGGGCAAGGGCGACAAAAACGACGAUGAAUUAGGCUGCAAGAAAUAUGGCGUCCCUCUCUACGGCGCUGCGUGGCUUCCAACAACCGCCCCCGCCGCCGCCUCCGUCGAAGAAGAUAAAGCAGCUGAGCCGGGAACUCCGGCAUCGAUCAGCCACCACGUCGUUCUCGCUGGAGGUGGCGGAGAAGGCCACAGCGGAAUUCCCAAUGCUCUCCUCAUCUCAGCCUUUGAUUUCGAAUCCGCGUCUCUCUCAGAUGAGCCCGUGGCAAAACUUGGAACAGGUAGUGAUUUGCCAUACAGAAUUGCAGUGCAUCCUGGGGGAGAAGGUUUAAUCUGUUCAUUUCCCAAAAGUUGCAAAUGGUUUGAGUGGGAUUCGACCACUAGCAAGGAUGAUCAUACUUUGAAUCUGAAGUCAUCAGAGAAAACUCUUGUUCAAUUGGAAGAUGUUGGGCAACAAUUAGCUAUGACCUUCAACAGUGAGGGAAAUUUACUUGCCGUUGGUGGCGAGGAUGGCAAGUUAAGGGUUUUUAAGUGGCCUUCUAUGGAAAACACCCUUGACGAGGCCAAUGCUCAUGCUUCUGUUAAAGAUUUAGAUUUCAGUCCUGAUGGGAAGUUUCUCGUCUCCGUGGGAAGCGGCCCUGCAAGGAUAUGGAAUGUCUCAACAUCAACAUCUGUAGCUUCUCUACCAAAGCAGAAUGAUGAGAUUUUCGGUUUCUGCCGGUUCUCGCGGAGCAGCGUCACAGAUCAAGUUCUGUAUAUAACAGCAAUGAGAGAUAAAGGUGGUUGUAUCAUAAAGUGGAACACUGGUUCUUGGAAAAGUAUAAGUUCAACACAUGUUUCCCGAGAUCCAAUAUCUGCAUUUAAUGUGUCGCCUGAUGGAAAGCUUCUGGCACUAGGAACUAUACAAGGGGAUAUUUUGAUAUUAAGUUCUGCUAGCAUGCGGGUACACAGUGUUGUCAAGAAAGCACAUCUCGGCCUCGUGACAACAUUGGCAUUCUCUCUAGACUCAAAGGCCUUGGCUUCUACAUCGCUAGAUUCGAGUGCAAGGGUGACGUUGGUCAAGGAGAAGAAAAAAGAAGGAAUGAGCUUGUGGACCAUCAUUUUGAUCAUCUUAUUAGCGAUAGCCGUUUAUUAUGCUACAACCAAAGAUCUUCUUCCUCUGAAGUUGUGA